AUGGUCCUGCUGCACGUGAAGAAGGGCGCCGAGUCGCUGUUUCUGUACGAAACCAGCUGCGAAGCAGACAUGAAGGACGUUUACCACGAUGUCACUGCCAUUUUCAACGGCAGAAUACGGAUCGAACAGCUCUGCCAUGACUUUGAGGAGUUGUCGAAGCACGGUUCAGUGAUGCCGGAGGACAUGCAGGGCCUAGCACCGGGCCAGGCCGAGGAACUGCGUCUGGAGGACGAGUGGGCGGACAAGUGCGAGGCCUCGGGCGGCUGGAGGCCCAACUCCGACCCCAUGGGCCGCCGCAACGGACGCCAGCCCUCCGAACAAAUGGAGCGAGUGCUGCUGGACGCCGCUGCCGAGGCAAAAACUGCCAUUUCCAAGGCUCAGGUGGAGGCGAAGAAAGCCCUGAGCGUGCCGUUGGUCGCUGAGCUGCUGCAUAUGCUGCGAGGGGCCACCCUCGUGGUCUACCCCAUGGGACUGCCCCCGCACGACCCUUGCUUCCUCACGGAGCAAAUGUGCGACGAGUUCGCCUCCGCUGAAAUUCCCUCUAGAGAGGGCAUUCCAAGCGGCGAGGCGAUGCUGUGGUUCUGCAGCCGCCACCUGAGCCGCGAAGGCGCCGUUUCCAAGGCGCUCAACUCGAGCAACGAGAAAACCAAAGUCAUUGUAAAGAUCACGGGCGCCAGCAAAGGGCCUCCGAGCAAGGAGGCCGCCAUCACCGAGGAGGACCAACUGAAAAUGAUGCAGCACUUCCGGCAGAGGCAGGACCAGCUGCAGGUAGGACUUGAAAUCCCCUCACCUCCCACCCGACUGACUAACCGACUGACAAACUAA